AUGACCACCACCCCCAGAACUACUCCAGUGAGGGCAUUCUUCAGCUCCAGCUCGACUCAGACCAUCACGACCCCCUUUAUCAGCAUCUUUUCCACCACCCCUUGUCCGGAGUCUAUAUCGGUGACCAUUGUCCCUACCGUCCCCACCACUGUCUGUAUCGAAGUGGACCCAGACAGUGCUGUUACCUCCACUCCCACUGCCCCUGUGUCAGUUCUGACCUCUACUACUGAAAGGGCCAUCACCCCUAGCUCCACCACCGACACCACCGUGUUGGACCGUUCCACCUCCUCUACUUCCCAUCUCGAGAGUGGCUCCCCCAGUGGCAGCUUUACCACCGUGGACUGGACAUCUCUCACCACCAGCACCCCAGUGACCACUCAGACCCCCACCACGCCCAGGCCACCCACCACCACCAUGACCCCUUCUCCGACAACUACCCCAGGUACCUGUGACAACGGCGGCACCUGGAUGCAGGGUCACUGCCUCUGUCCCCCGCAUUUCUCCGGGGACCGCUGUGACCUUAAUGAGAGCCGGUGUGAGAAUGGGGGUCAAUGGGACGGCAAAAAGUGCCAGUGUCCAGCCACCUUAUAUGGCUCUCGCUGCGAACUGGCGAAGGAAGAGGUGGUGCUGGAUACUGUGGAAGCUGAGGUAGGGAUGGAGGUGUCUGUAACCCAGGACUUCUCUGAGGACCUCAAUGAUACCACAUCCAAGGCUUACGAGGACUUCAGCAAUUCCUUCCAGAGACAGAUGAAGAUGGUUUACAAAAAUGUGCCGGAGUUUGAGGGUGUGAAGAUCCAGUCCCUGAGAGCGGGCAGCAUCGUGGUGGACUACGUCAUCCUACUGAAGCUGCCCUUCAGCACCCAGCUGAGUGAGAAAUAUGAGAAAGUGAAGGAGGUUCUGAUAAAGGAGCUCCAUGGUGCCACCCAGGACCCCAACAGCUGCCAGAGCAACCAGACCCUGUGCUUUAAGCCUGACUCCAUCCAGGUGGAUAACGCGGUCUUCAAGCCGGAUUAUAAAGACCUCUGUCGCCGAGCUGCUGCUGAAGGCUAUGAGGAAUUCUACUUCCCCCUGGAGGAGAACAAUAAGCUCCGCUGCGUUACCAACUGCACUGCAGGCCUGCCUAACACCAUCGACUGCAACUCAGGCCAGUGCAUCCUGGAGAAGAGCGGACCCACCUGCCGCUGCUUUUCCUCCUCCACGCACUGGUACUCGGGCCCACGCUGCGAGGUGGCCAUGCCUUGGAGGGCGCUGGUUGGCGGCCUGGCGGGGGCUGGAGCCGUGUUGCUGCUGCUGCUGGGAACGACCGUGGGCUUCUACGUGGUGCAGAAGCGGAGGGCAAGCCACAGAUUCCGGGAAGACGAUUCGAUUUGGUUUGAUGACUCUGAUGAGAGAUUCACUAGGACAUUUACCAACUUGGGCUUUGAGCAUGAGCGAGCAGGCACGGAGGGAAACAUCCAGGUGGAUCUGGAAACAGUGGACACCAGUGUGAAGGUACACAUCCAGAGACCGGAGGUGGUGUCCUCUUGGCUGUGA